AUGUCCGACGUUCAAACUCCGCGACGCUCCUCACGGAGUAAGAAUGGCACCCAUCACUGCCCACACUGCGGCAAAGGGUAUGAACGACCAGAUCAUUUGGCGCGUCAUUUAGAUUCUCAUCGCAACGAAAGAACCUAUCAAUGUCGGAUUUGCCAGCGCGGAUUUAAUCGCCGAGAUGUCCUUCAGCGACACCAAGCAGUUCACGAAAAAGAUGCGAACGAGGGCAAGAAAACACCUCGCCGCGCGCGAGAGCGAGCAAUUGAGGCUUGCGACGCUUGCGCGACCGCUAAAUUGAGUUGCGACAACGAAAGACCGUGUCAAAGAUGCCAAUCAAAGCAGAUUGAAUGCGUUGCAAAGCGCCCUCGACUCAGCAAUCAGGAUCAUGCUUCACUUCCUCAAUUCUCCCCGAUGACUACAACGCCAGAUUCGAAUCUCUCAGAUUUGAGUGUACCCCCUGCAACGGAGUACUCAGGCAGCCAUGAAAUUUACGACUCCAAUUUCGCGCAAGAGCUUACCCUAGACCCAUUUCUUCCGGAUACUGUGCCGGUAUAUCCUAACCUGAACAAUUUCCCAGCCUUUUUCGAGCAGGUUAUGCUACCAAAUGUUGAAAUGGAAAUCCCACAAGAAACACAGCAACCUCGUGGCGUGUUCGACUUCAUGCUGGAUACCGAUUUCAUUUUCCCUGAAAACGAUCUUUUUGAUACAAAUUUCAUGCCUGACCUUGAUCGAAUACUGGAUACUGGACCCUCCAUUUGCGGAUCUGAAGAUCUACAGAAUCCUCAACUUGGUGAUCAUGAGUCGGCGAGCAGGCGAGCAGCUGCCUUCCGAAAGUCUUUCUGGAAACUAUCCAUGCACUCACGAGAUGAUAUCUUCAAAUUGGUCGUUCAAACAGCCGGUUCUCGACUUUCAGUUUCCUCUUUUCCCUCUGCUGAAUACCUGGAUACGCUGAUCAAAGUCGGCAUUGGAAAGCGAACAGAGACUGAUGCAUGGAUUCAUCCAUAUACGUUUUACGAUCAGAAGUUGAGACCUGAAUUGUUGACUGGCUUGGUCGCAGCAGGAUGUGUGUGCUGUGGAUUGGCGUCUAUCAACAAAACUGGGAUCGUUCUACAGGAAAUCACCAGAGUAUCCCUGGCUCAACUUGUCGAGGAUGAUAACAGUGUUUUGCGCGAUCUGCAGUGGCUACAAGCAUCGAUGCUGUGGUUAGAUAUCGGCAUCUUCUGUGGCUAUAGACGAAAGAUGCAAAUAGCCGAAAGCUAUCUACAACCAUUGUGUACUGCUUUCCGACGUGCUGCAGCAUUUGACAGAUCUACAUACUCGGUCAUAACACCUUAUUUGGCUGGCGAGGAUGAGCAGUCUUUGAAUAAUGUCUGGCAUGAGUGGGUAAGACAAGAAUCACUUAAGCGUUUGGCUUAUCAUCUAUUUGGCCACGAUAUAGAGGUUGCCAUGGCUAUGAACCGCCCGGCUCUUACUUCAUAUACGGAGUUAACAUUACCCUUCCCUGCUGCAAGAGAUCUCUGGCUCGCACCCACAGCUGCUGCAUGGAGAGAUCUUUGGAAUACAAAGUACCGUGUUGUAGAGGUGUCGGACUUCAGUCUCCGAGACUUAUUAUCUGAUCCGUCAUUAAUGACACAUAUCCCGAUUGAGAUGGACUUUGAUAUUGCAAGAACUGCAUUGUUGCAGGGGAUGGCCAGCCAGGUGUGGGAAACUCGCCAACAGCUGAUUUUAUCCCAGGGAACACAGUCUAGCACCCGUGCUAUGGCUCGACUGUGGCUACAAAGCAGACAAGAUGAUCUGUAUACCACCUUGAAGUCCAUAUCUGAGAAUCCACCGACGCCUCCACCUGUGACAACAUUGCUCAACGAGUUUGUAAUGAUGUACCUCCACAUUGAUAUUGAUGCCAUCCAACGAUUUGUUGGUAAGCUCGGGGACCUGGAUGCUCGCCGAGCAUACCCUGGUCUUCGAGACUGGAGCCACACAAAAGAAGCACGGACGAGCAUCUGGCAUGCUGGUCAGGCUUUGCAUGCUGCACGAGCUGUUAAGGCCUAUCAGCUACGUGGAUUCGAUGCUAUGGCCAUUUACCACGCUGCAUUGGUUUUGUGGGUAUACGGGCUUCUCCAGUGCGGAGAGUUAAAACAGCUUGAAGCCAAGACACCCAUGAGCGAAACAGACUUACCACCAUGUGUGUCACUUGAUGGGCCAGAAGACAAGGUGACCAAAGCGUUCUUGGGUCAUGGAAUUGGUCGCCCAGGACUGACAAUGGCCCGAGGUGGUCCCGAUGGGGAUACUCCAAUGUUCUGUGAACUAAGCAAGCCACGCUCAGUCAUGGCUAUUGCCCGGCAGGUCUUUGAAGGGAAUUGUCCUUGUCCUUUUCCAGAAGACCGUCUGCCACCAAUGAUCCAAAACCUGUGUGAGCUGAUUGAGGAUUUGGGGAAUCUUCCAUAA